CGAGAGAUGAAAUACAUCAAGAACCACUAGCUGCGCCGUGGAUGGUACCACAACUUCGCGAAAACGUAUUUCCAGGUAGUUAUGCGUCCUGCUCGUGUGGCUACUUGAUAUUCAACAGCGGACGAUAAUUUAUCUGAAGAACACACCGCAAGUAGGAAGAGCCCAAAAUGUCAAACUUUUCCUCCUCCUCCUCUUCCUCGCGUACUAAACACGAUCCACCACACGUCCUCGUCCCUUCGCACCCACCACCAAACGGCUGCUUGGUGCAGAUCCACGGCCUAACAGGACGGGCCGACCUGAACGGAAAAUUUGGCGUCGUUUGUGAGUUGACGAUUUCAGAAAGAAGAAGUAGAACAGAAAAGAAGCAUGUCCAGGCUACAACUACAUCUACCACUACCUCCUCUUCCUCGUCAACAUCCACAUCUUGUUCCGCAGCAAAUGCAGGUUCAGGUGGCGUCGGAGAUGCUGAUCCGACAAGAAAGAACAGUAGUCCCUCUAGUACUAGCACCCCAUUCACGAUCGAAGUUGAAAAUCCUGCCCCUUCACCAGAACAAGCCGCCGACGGCCAAGAUGAAACUGAUGAUCCAGAUCCCCGCUGCAAAGUCCGUGUGUUGA